GUGCUUACUUUUCUAAAAACCGGUGUUUCCUUGCCUGCCUCCGCGUGCAACUGCUGAUUAAUCAGUAUUAGUCAUCUAUUUCAUCAUACAAUUCAGCAGUAAAUUACUCCACGUUACACUCGCCACCAUACUGCACCUGCAAGAUGUCCAAGCGCUCCCAGCCUGCGUGGGAGCCCCACAGCAACACGUCCACGCCAGUAUUAAAACUCUUCAAUAGUCUCACACGCCAAAAGGAGCCGUUUGUGCCUGAAAAUGGCAAACGCGUCAAUUGGUACUCAUGCGGGCCGACCGUCUACGACGCCUCACAUAUGGGCCAUGCACGAUCCUACAUAACCUUUGAUAUUCUCCGGAGAGUACUCAGCGAUUACUUCCACUACGAUGUUAACUACGUGAUGAAUAUCACCGACAUUGAUGAUAAGAUCAUCAAAAGAGCUAGGCAGAAUUAUUUAUAUGAGAGAUACAUUAAAGAAGGACAUAAACUGGAGAAAAUUCUUGAAGAUGCGAAAAUUGUUAUGGAGUUGUUUGAUAAGAAAGCAGGUGUAACAACUGAUCCAGACAAAAAAACUAUGAUGGAUAACUUGCUGGUCAAGUUAACAAAGUGCAUCGAAGAGUUAAAAUCAGCUGUAGCAGCUGGUAAAGCACCCAGAAUGCAAAAAGCUCAAGAUAAUUUCCUUGUAGAAUGCAAAGAUCCACUCGCAGAUUGGUUGGACUCUCUUCAUGGAGCUAGUAUUACAGAUAAUGCAAUUUUUAGCGCGUUGCCUGCAUAUUGGGAGAGUGAAUAUCACAAAGACAUGGAUUCUUUAAACGUACUAAGACCCAAUUUUCUAACGCGUGUGAGUGACUACAUCCCGGAAAUCAUCGCUUAUAUCGAGAAAAUCAUCUCGAAUGGCCUCGCGUAUGAAGCCAAUGGUUCAGUUUACUUCGAUGUGAAUACUUUUGAUAAACGCGACAACCACCAUUACGCAAAACUAGUUCCAGAAGCAUAUGGAGAUGCUGCAUGUCUUGCUGAGGGUGAAGGAGAUCUUACAUCAGCGGAAUGCACAAAAGAAAAACGCGCAGCCACGGAUUUCGCGUUGUGGAAGAAGAGCAAAGCCGGCGAACCAGCGUGGUCAUCACCAUGGGGCAUGGGUCGACCUGGUUGGCACAUUGAAUGCUCAGCGAUGGCUUCCGCCAUUUGCGGAUCCACCCUGGACAUACAUACUGGUGGCGUGGAUCUGAAAUUCCCUCAUCAUGAUAAUGAAAUCGCUCAAUCCGAAGCAUACUUUGAUUCACGUGAAUGGGUCAAAUAUUUCUUACAUUCUGGGCAUUUAACCAUCGCCGGGUGUAAAAUGUCCAAGAGUUUGAAGAAUUUCGUCAGUAUACAAGAUGCUCUUGCGAAGCAUUCCGCCAGACAACUCAGGUUUGCGUUUUUAUUGCAUUCGUGGCGUGAUACAUUGGAUUAUAGCAAUAAUACGAUGGAAAUCGCGCUGGCUUAUGAGAAAAUGUUCAAUGAGUUCUUUUUGAAUGUCAAGGAUGUCACCAGGUGUAUAUCAGGCAGUACAGAGAAUAAAACAUUCGCGAAAUGUGAUGUGGAUGAGUUAAUGUUGCAUAAAAAGUUUGAACAGACAAAGGAUAUGGUUCAUGAGACAUUGUGUGACAAUAUUGAUACAAGAGGAGCGUUGGAGACGCUCAGGGAUUUGAUUACAGCUGGGAAUUUGUAUCUGAGGGAUAGGAAUGAUGAGAAAAAGGCGAAUGCGGUGUUGUUGUAUGAUAUCGCCGCGUAUAUUACUAGUAUUUUGAGGAUAUUUGGGAUUAAUGUUGUGGAGAAAGGAAUUGGAUUUCAGAUUACAUCAGGAGUAGCUGGAUCAGGAGAUGCUGAGAGUACAAUAAUGCCUUACCUUCAAAUCCUCUCCGAUUUCCGUGGUGUUGUACGCACGCAUGCGCGUGAAUUGAAAGCAACGGAGAUUUUGAAGCAGUGCGACCUCCUCCGGGAUGACAUCCUUCCCAACGUGGGUGUGAGGCUGGAGGAUCGUGAAGGUGCACCCAGUGCAGUUAAACUCGUGGAUAAGGAGACGCUGUUGAAAGAAAAAGAACUUAAGAAACAGAUGGAGAUUGAAAAGCAAGCUGAGAAAGAACGGAAGAAGCAAGAGCAGGCCGCGGCGCAAGCUGCUAAAGAUGCGCAGAGGAAGAUUCCCCCAGGUGAGAUGUUCAAGGGGGAGAGUGAUAAGUAUUCCAAGUUUGAUGAUAAGGGAUUACCAACGCAUGAUAAGGAAGGUAAAGAAAUCAGUAAAGGGCAAGUGAAGAAGCUGCAGAAGUUGCAGCAGGCUCAGGAGAAGAAGUACAAUGAGUAUUUGGCUACUCUUAAUUGAAAUUUAUGCAGAAAUUUAAUUUAUAUUUGCUUAUAUCUACUCUUAUUAUUAUUUAAAUAAAUCAGCUUAAGUAAAA